AUGUUGGGCUUUGUCAUUCGCCUCACUGUCGCUCUGGCGUCAAGUGUCAUCUGCACCAUGGCAGAUGCUGCGGCCGUAAGCCAUAUGGUUGAGCGCCGCGUCACCAAUGCAGACGGCAAAACCGCCACGAUCCUGGUGAACCGCGAGCUCACUCAUACUUCCAACAAGGUCCUCAGAACAGACUACGGGCCCAGCAGUACCUUCUUCCCUUCCGAUCAGUUCGUAUCGCUGUGCACUCCUACCAGCGACAUUGGAUCUACCGUCAUUGACAGCCCCUACACCGAGGAUUGUAGUUACAUUCUCAGUUACUACCGUAGCGAGGACCAUUGGGGCUGGUGGAACCUAGACGGUCUCGUCCCUGGUGUAGACUAUGCCUUCAUCAAGCACAACACUUGCUCCCUGUACGGCCGAGUUCCUGACGGUCAUACAUCCUUGCAAAUCUCCAAUGCUGAUGCCGAGGUUUUUGUCAACACAACCAUCAAGAAAUACAGCACAAAAUUUGACGAUGGCAAGUUCGACCGGGUACAGGGUGAUGGGACUAUCGACUGCUGGGAAUCGAAUGGAGCCGUCGAAGUGGUCGCCACGCUGAGUCUCAGACGCUAG